CCGAGCGGCUGGUGGAGUGCUUGGUCUCGUCCUCCUGGUUGUGCAGGCAAUGAUUUCUUUACAGCAAAAGAUUUUAAACUUAAUCAAACAUUUCAGAAGACAAUGGCCCUUAUUUUCAAACUCUGAAAGGACUACUGUAUGUGGAGCCGAUUGCAUGCUGACAGCAUUACAACUGUCCAUGGCUGAAGUCAAUAAACAGCACCAUGGAGAUUUCGCAGCAUCACUCAUUGAUGUGAUGGAAACUUGGAAAUAUUUGUUACAUGACAAACUAGGAUUAUUGUAUGAGAACAUGGAAGAACCUGAAAAUUAUGCUGACUUUAAAAGGGCCUAUCAUACUUUCUUAGCAAGCAGCAAUAUGUUAGAUAUAAUAGACAUAUAUCAAAAGUGCUGUGCUCUUGCACUUGUCUCUGAAGAUGAAAGUAUUGCCCCCGUUCAACUGCUAGAAUUUAUUUCUGGUGGAAUGAAUGUAUCAAGAAGUAAUGGUUCUGUUCUUCCUUCUACACCAGUCUACAGACAGGAGCAGAACAGUGUGAAGGUGAUGCUCUUUGUCAAGAAGUGUUUUUAUUCAUAUUUAAGCCUGCUGGUGAAUUCUAAGGAUGAUCUGGCACUGGCUCGUAUUCUAAACGUUCCUGACAGAGGACUUGGUAGAGAAGCCUUCACUAAACUAAAACAUGCCUCACAGGAGAGAAAAAUGUCAAUUUUCCUGAUGGCAACAUCUUUUAUCCGAACAGUAGAACAUGGAGGAAAAGGCUGUGCAGCUUCAUUAUUUGAUCCACUAAGAGUCCACCUAAAGGGGCUUUCUAACUUCAUUAAUUUUAUUGACAAGCUGGGAGAAAUUAUUGGUGAAAUCCCAGAUCCAAGAGUUGCAGGGGGGCAAAUUCUGUCAACAGUGAAGAUGCAUUUGAUGAAAGGCCGAAGCAAUGGGGAUCCUUUCUAUCAGGCAGUAGAGGAAGUUGUACAAGAUUUGGAUUUGAGGAUUAAAAAUAUUAUCGAUUCACAACAUGAAGUCUUGACUGUUAGUGCCACUGGAGUCAGUCCAACACGGCCGAAAUUGCAUUCCAUAAACCAUGGCACUGCAUAUUGUGGCAGAGAUACCAUAAAGGUCUUACUAGUUCUUCUUGAUGAAGAAGCAGUCAGCGCUCCUACCCAGAACAAAGCGGAAUUAUUAUAUGAUGAUGUAAACUUAAUUAUGUUUGGAAGCACCUCUGUUUUGACACUCUUCAGAUCGCCAGCACAGUCCAAAGAAUCUUCUCCAAAACCUCUUAGACAGCGUAUUCAGAAGUCUGUGGAUGAAAAAAUAAGUAAGAUGGAGCAAUCUUCAAUCAAAUCUCAGUUUGCAUGUACAUACAAAAAUGAGCUGAGUAAAGUAAGGGAUCAGCACUUCCUCAGCAGUAGACAAAUGCCAGCCUGCAUAAAUCCUGCACCAAAGCAACAUUUGCAAGGUAAAUAUUUCACAGAAGGUAUGAAUUCAUGUCUUGACAUACCAGUGCUUGGAACUAUUUCUGAAAAUGUUCAUCAGAAUAAAAAUUAUAGAGAAAUGGGGAAAUUGAGUUGUCAGCCAAGGAAAAAGAACUCCAAGAAUGAACAGAUGGAUUUGAAUAAUGACAAAGUUAUCUAUGAUGAGGAAAGUGAAAUAUCUUUGCCAAAAAAUGCUAAGAAACGUAAGACUUCAAACAACCCUCAGAAGGAAUUGGACAGCAAAAUUGAUGGAAAAAGAAAGAACAACAGAACUGCAAGCAAGAAUAAAUUGAUUGUUGGUCAGGCAAAAUUAACUCAAUUUUUUAAAGUGUAACUUUUUAUUUUUACCUGCAUUGUCUAUUGAACACUUCAGAAGUGAGAUUUUGUAAGAAAAAGGUGAAAUUCAUGAUUUGCUUUUCUUCAUACUCAAAUCAAUGAAA